UGAAAGAAUUUUUUUUUGAAAUUAACAUCAUUUGUUGUGUACGUGUGUGUGUGUGUGUGUGUGAGCAGUAAGGUGAAUUUUGAACCACUUUUCAGGUGAAAUAUGGCCAAUCAGAAUUCAAAUUCAAGUGAUCUUGAUGGUGGUAGUGCUGAUGGUGGUGUAACUACAAUGGAAUCAAUGGAAACUGGUGGUACUGGUGAUGUACCAAUCAAUAGUUAUCAGGUUAUACGUUUAAAUCAUCAGGAUCGUAUGUCAUCGGCAUUUGAAUCAAUGCUUUGUGAUGAAAUGUUUUGCGAUGUAACAAUUAUUUGUAAUGGUCAAGCUGUUAAAGCACAUCGUGUUAUACUUGCUGCAGCAUCAUCAUAUUUUAAAGAAAUUUUUCAACAUAUACCAUUUGGUUUUUGUCCAAUUGUGUUUCUUAAAAAUUUCACUAAUGAAGAUUUAAAUAAUAUACUGGAAUUUAUUUACAAAGGUAUAUUAGUUAUUCCAUCUGACCGUAUUCAAUCGUUAAUUGAUUCAGCCAAAUCACUUGGUAUUGUUGGUCUAGCUACAUUACAAAUGAAUAUUAAUGAUAAUAAUCAAAAUAAUAAUGGAAAUUUAUCGAUAAUUAAAAAUAUUAUUACACAAAAUAUUGAUAUAUCAUCAUCAUCGGCAACAAUCAAUCAAAAUAAUAGUAAUACAACGAAUAAUAAUAAUAGAUUACAUACUGGUCGUAAAAAACGUGGCCGUAAACGUAAAUUACCAAUUUCAAAUGAUAAUAAUAAACCUGUUGUUGUUAAUAAUAAUAAUAAUUCUAAUGAUGAUCUCAGCACCGCCAUCACUACUACUAUUACUACUAUUGUUACUAAUCCCGUCAAACCUAUCAAUGAUAAUGAUAAUAAUCAAUUUAAUAAUGGUUCAAAAAUACAUAAAUCAUUCUCAUCAACAACAACAAACCAUCAAUCGAAUGGUCUCAAUCAAAAUUUAAAUGAUAUUAAAAUAUCAAAUAAACCGAUUAUAGAAUCGAUCACAUCAUCAUCAUCAUCAUCAUCACCACCAUCAUUGUCAUCAUUAUCAUCAUCGUCAUCGUCAUCGUCAUCGCCACCAAAAUCCAAUGGUUUAGAUAAUAGAAAUGAUAAAUGUAAUGUGAAUCAUACACAAUUGAAAACUGUAAAUAAUUUACAAAAAUCGAUAAUUACGAAUGAAAAAUCCAUUGUAUCAUCAUCAUCAUCAACAACAACAACAGCAGCAGCAGCUAAUGAUGAUAAUACAAGCAAUGGCAAUAAAUCAUCAGGUCUAUUAUUGGGUGGAAAAUUGCUUCGAAAUCGAAAUUCACAACAGUCAACUACGGAAAAAAAAUCUUCAAUAUCGAAUAAUAAUUGUGAUCAACAUCAGCAUCAUGAUGGCCAGAUAUCAGAUAAUAAAAAUAACAAUAAUAGUAACAGCAGUAGCACCAGUAAUACAAAGAAUAAUAAGAUAACAAAAUCAAAAUUACGAUCAUGGUCACAACAAAUAUGGCAGAAAAAUCUAGCAACACUUAGAUCAUCGACAAAAAACACUAAUGUAUUACCAUCAUGUGGUUCAUCAUCAUCAUCAUCAUCAUCAUCAGAUUCUGUUGAUCAUGAUCAAUCAUCGAAUGAUAAUCAAAAUGUUGUUGGUGUUGGUAGUAUAAUUUCCGAAACAACAUCUAAAGCCAAUGAUACAAAAAUAUUGAAAACAACACCAGCAAAUGUUGAUAUUAAAUAUGAAAUACCUGAAGGAAAUUUAAUACGUGUAGAACCACGUCGUGGUAGACCACCGAAAAUUAAACAAACAUCAACAUCAUUUACUACCAUUCAAAAUCAACAGGUACCAAGAUUAAGUCCAUUGGUUCUGUCAACAAAAUCAACAAAAAAAUUAACCAAUGGUACUGUAAAUGGUCAUAAUGGUGCUGUUAAUGGAAAUUCAAAAGCCGUUGGACAACAAAAAUCUAUUAAACGUGGUAGAGGAAGACCACCAUUACUUAAACAAGAUCCAUAUUUAAGAGAAGGUGCAUUAUCUAAUCCAAAAUUUUUAUCCAAUAUUGCGAAAUCAUCUUCAUUUACGGCAGCUUCAAAUACUCUUACCGAUGUCGCUGCAACCAUUGUUGUUCCGGUUCAAUGCUCAACUUCAUCAUUGAUGACCACUAAUAAUAAUGAUAAUCAAAAUAUGAAAACUAUAAUACCAAAACAAGAAAAUAUUGACGAUGAUGACGAUGAUGAUGGUGGCGAUGACAAUGAAUUGACCAUUACAAAUGGGACAGCCAAUAUUAUUGAUAAUAAUCCGAAAAAACAAAACAACAACAACAUUGGAAAUGACCACUAAUAAUUCUAUAUCGUCUACUACAAAUCAUGCCACCAUUUCCACAUGAUGUUGAUUACUGUAGUAAUAAAUUUUCACAUAUUCAUCUUCUCUUCUCCGUCCUGAAUUGAUGAUAUAUAUGAUUUUGAUAUAAACAUAUGUUGAUGAUUGAUAAACAUAAUUAUUUUCUUUUGAUUUA